CGCUCCCGGGCGCCCAGGACACCUGCCGGCACCACGGCCCGGGCGCCGGUGUCCCCAGGAUGCUGGCGCGGAGGAGGACGCGGUCCCCCCAUUCAGACCCGAACCUCCCCGACCCCUGCCGCCUGCCCUGACCCGGGGGUCGAGCUCAUGGAGCGACGAUCGGUCUCCAGACCCGAUACUCCUCGCCAGGAUUUAACUAUCAAAAGUGCCAGCUUGCCCUUCUUUCCCAUCAGCUCCACAGGAAGUUGGGGUGGAAUCCAGAAAGCUCCACCUUCUACCAUCAAGUUGGCCACCCAUUGGCUCGUAGAAUGUCCUUGGCUGCAUACUGUGUCAUCUGCUGCAGAAGAGUAGGAACUUCAACUCCUCCGCCAGAAAGGAACACGUACUGGAGAGAUGUCAGAAAUAUAAUAAAGUUUACUGGAUCACUUAUUUUAGGCGGUUCUUUAUUUCUUACAUAUGAAAUUCUGGCCCUGAAGAAGUCUUUGACAUUAGACACUCAAGUGGUAGAAAGAGAAAAAAUGAAGUCAUAUAUAUAUACGCCCACUGGUUCUUUAGAUAAAAGAGAAAACUAUGGAAUCACCUACCAGGCAAGAAAAGAACUUCACAAAGCAGUGAGAAAAAUAUUGGCAACAUCAGCCAAGAUAUUUCGGAGUCCAUUUGCUGAUACCUUCAGCACAGUGGACGUGGAAGACCAUGAGGUCGCGGUCUGGCUGCUGCUGAGGAGGAGCCGGGCGGGGAACAAGGCAGUGCGGGCGCAGGCUGUGCAGGAGCUGUCCCAGGUCCACCACUGGCAUGAUUACCAGUAUAAGAUAAUCGCUCAGGCCGGAGAUCUGAGAACUCUUACUGGUUUGGCACGAAGCAAAGAGAGUGAUCUUCGCUUUUUCCUCCCGCCACCUCCUUUGCCAUCUUUAAAAGAAGAUUAUUGUAUUGAAGAAGAACUCCGGCAGUUGCUGUCUUCCUUGCCUCAAACAGACCUCGACGAGUGUAUCCAGUACUUUACAUCGUUGGCUCUGAGCGAGAGCAGCCAGAGUCUCGCUGCUCAGAAGGGUGGCUUAUGGUGUUUUGGAGGAAAUGGACUUCCUUAUGCCGAAAGUUUUGGAGAAGUUCCUUCAGUUACAGUGGAAAUGUUCUGUUUAGAAGCUUUAGUAAAACAUUCUGAGAUAGCCACCCACUGUGAUCAGAUCGAAGCACGUGGAGGCUUGCAGUUGCUGCAGAGGCUGUACCGGCUUCACAAGGACUGCCCCAGCGUCCAGAGAAAUAUACUGCGUAUCAUUGGAAAUAUGGCCCUGAAUGAGCAUCUCCACUCUACUAUUUUCUGCUCAGGCUGGGUCUCCAUUCUGGCAGAAGCCAUGAAAUCUCCCCAAAUUAUGGAGGCCUCGCACGCUGCCAGGACCCUGGCUAAUCUGGACCGAGACACCGUGCGAGAGAAGUACCCGGACGGUGUGUAUGUGCUGCACCCCCAGUACCGCACCAGUCAGCCCAUUAAAGCAGAUGUCCUUUUUAUUCAUGGCCUUAUGGGAGCAGCAUUCAAAACAUGGCGCCAGCAGGACAAUGAGAGAACUUUGCUUGAGAAGAUUUCGGAGGAUGAAGCCAAGUAUACAACGUGUUGGCCCAAGACAUGGCUAGCAAGAGACUGUCCCGCUCUCCGAAUUAUAUCUGUGGAGUAUGACACCAGCCUGAGCGACUGGAGAGCGAGGUGCCCUAUGGAGAGGAAAUCCAUUGCAUACAGGAGCAACGAACUUCUAGGAAAGCUCAGAGCCGCUGGAGUCGGGGACCGACCGGUGAUCUGGGUGUCCCACAGCAUGGGGGGUCUUCUUGUCAAAAAGAUGCUGCUGGAAGCCUCUAAGAAGCCAGAAAUGAAUGCGGUUAUAAAUAAUACCCGAGGGAUGAUUUUUUACAGCGUCCCUCAUCACGGAUCCCAUUUGGCUGAAUACUCUGUCAAUAUUCGCUAUCUUCUCUUUCCCUCUUUGGAAGUCAAAGAACUCAGCAAGGAUUCUCCUGCACUUAAAACACUACAUGAUGACUUUCUGGAGUUGGCUAAAGACAAAAACUUCCAGGUGCUGAACUUUGUAGAGACACUGCCAACCUGCAUUGGUAGCAUGAUUAAACUCCACGUGGUGCCCGUGGAGUCGGCAGAUAUAGGCAUUGGUGAUCUAAUUCCUGUGGAUGUUAAUCAUUUGGACAUUUGUAAGCCAAAGAGAAAGGAUGCUUUUUUGUACCAACGCACCUUACAAUUCAUCCGUGAAACUUUAGCCAAAGACCUUGAAAACUGACAGUUGUCUUCUGUCUUUCAUACGUGAAGACAGUGCAAGAAACGUGGCGUUCUCGUUCUUUUUGUAAGCUUUCAGCAAUCAUGCACCUUCACUAGGACGCCAGUGUGUCUGGAGCACGUGCAGGCGGCAGCAUGUGUCCUGUACAGCACAAACACAGCUUGACACAGAUGGAAGACCUGGACUGGAUUCUUCUGUCUUAAAGGGACUCCCGUGUGUGCCUGUUUGUUGCUGCAGCGUUGCCCCUGGCAACAGGAGCAGCAGUGCGGGUGGAGGAGGACCUGUGUCAUCUUGGCCUGUCACGUGCGAGGGCAUGCAGGGGGCAUGCAGGGGCCUUCUACAAGGAGCCGCCAUCAGCCCCCAUCCAUGUGCCAUUUGGAGAGCACCUGGGAUGGAGGAGAAUGAACUGGGACUGAAAAGACUUUUUGUUUUGGGCUUCCCUGUGUUUUGAAAAACAUGUCCGCGUCAUCUUAGCCCAGCAUGUUAGCAUUGCCAGGCCUGCUGUCAGUGAGGGUCACCUCCUCAUGAAUUUUUAUUUUCACAUUGCUUGAGAACAAAUAUUUCUCUUUAAAAAAAAAACUAGCCUGUAUUCUGUCCAGCCUGUAGUACGGUUGUUAUUUUCCCAGGUAAAGUAGCUAAUCCAUUGUCUGUGUUAGCUGCAUUUAGUAUCAAGAUUCUUGGAUUCUCUCUAAAUAAAGUUGGUCAGGUCCUUGAAUAAUUUUUAUUAGUUCCAUGUCUUUUAUUAUAAGGUUAAUGAGGAAAAAAGCAAUCUCUGGGAAAUGACUUUAUUCAAAGACCUGCUUUCAUAAUAUGUCAUUUCACUUAAAAUCCGAGUUUAUAAGAACCUAUCGAGGACAUUAAGUGAGGACUUACUGGAUACCUUGCCCAUUUGAAGGUGGUAAUAACUGACCUCCAGCAUGUAGGAAAUAGGAACAUCUAUUGAGGCCUUUUACAAAAAUAAAUACAGCACUACUGAUGACAUAACUCACACCCCCCUAAAGUCUCCCCUUUUAAUGUAGAGUUCUUUGAUUUCUAGUGUAUUUGCAGAGCUGUAUAACAUCAACACUACCCAAGUUCAGAACCUUCAUCCCCCAGAUAAGCGCAGGCCUGCUGGCGGACAUUCUCACUUCCCCACCCCCGUCCCUGGCAGACACUGACCUAGCUCUGUGGGGAUACGCCAGCAGCGGUAUUUCAGGGAUGGCAUCAUACGCCACGUGGCCUUUUGCGUCUGGCCGCUGCUUUUAGCAUGAUGUCUCGGGGCUCCUCCAGGAUGUGGUGUACAUCAGCACCUUAUUCUUUCUUAUGACCAGAUGUUUCAUUGUGUGGACUCACAUUUAUGUCUGUUUUCAUCGUUGAUGGCCAUGUUGGGUUCUUUCCACUUUCUAGUUACUAUGAACACUGCUUUGAACAUUUAUGUGCACAUUUUUGUGUGGACAUGUGUUUUCCAUUCUUGUGGGUAUACACUAGGAGUGGGGUUGCCGGAUCAUGUUAAGCUUGUGCUUACUUGGAAGGUGAUGGACAUCUGUAGAAGGGAUAGGUCAAAAGUACACCUGGAGCACAGCAUCUCAGUGUAAAAGGGGUCUUGAGUAAGUCCUGUCAUAUUGCACAGGUAAUGUAACCACGUGAUCUGUUACGUAGAUUUAGUAAUGUAAUGGUAGCUAACAACAAUGGGGGCUCGCUAUUGGGAUGACAUGGGGAGAUCAUAUAAACAUGCUGGUUCCUUUUCUUGUUCUAUUUGCCAAGAACCAUGACGGAUUAAUCAUUGUUGACAUGACUGUUCACUUAACAGAGUAAUGAAUGAAUCACCAUUCCUUAAAAUCUAAUGUCGUCAUGAUAACUAUUCUUUAAAAAUAAGGUCUGGGAGAGAGAGCCUGUGUAUCACAAAGGUAUCUAGUGUUUCUUGCAAGUCAUUUAACAUUCCUUUUUCUCUGUGAAAUGGAUAGAAUGCACGCAUUACUUCAGCAAUUUGAGAUCUAAGUCAAUAAUGUUUUUAAAAUAAUCCUCACUUGAAUAACAGUUUGUGGACACAAAGUUGAAAAACAAGUAUUUGAAAUAGUUUUAAACUUAGACCAUCAAUAAAGUGGUUUUCUUACGUCAGUCAGCCUUAUUUAUAUAUCCUUUCUGGAAAAAAAUUUGUAAUGAAACCUCAUAUUGCUUUUCCUCUAUGUGAAAGUCUCUUUAAAUGAUCUUGUUCAAGAAGAAAUUAAACAUAAUAUAGGUGUUAUAGAGCCUAUCACCCAAACCAAGUGUAAAUAAAACUCAUUUGGAAGUGAAGAUAGUUAUAUUUACUUAUAAAUCUCGUUCCUUAAUCACAUUUGCCCCAAACCUUUUAGAUCACAUUGUUAACCCUGAAACUUAGGGACACUGAAUCCCACUUUACCCCAGCGAUUAAAUGUCACUACAGAGAGUCAGACACAAAACAGAGGGCCAUGAGCCCUUUCUCCAUAUUGUCUCGGCCACUCACCCAGGUUCCACCAAAGGCUGAGGCAGGGAGGAAGCAGCUCUGCUGGCUGGCUGCGCCGAGGCAGGGGUUCCAGCUCCGAUUCCUAGUGAGAAAAACAGCACAGUAAUGAAGUGGUGUGUAUGUCUCUUUGGAACUUGGCUCAUGAUUUACAAUCUCCCUAAAGUUUAAUUCCUGGGAUUUGAGUUUUAGACACACCUGUUGGAAUUUUCAUCUCUUUGUAAUAUUGAAUAUAUUCGUGUAUGACUUGGUUUUUAUUGACCUUUGGUAUAAAAUAUUAUGUCUAUGAAAAAAAAAGCUGAAUAAAUGUCAUUUUGA